UGCUUUGUUGAUAGGUCGCGCGUCUUGUUCUACCACGCCAGUUGGUGAUGGUUCUUGUAACCUUGUCCUCCUCGACGCUUCUGUUGCCGCGGUUAUCGCCGCAUAAUCAGGCAGCCCUUAGAAGUCUUGCGGGUAGCACCGUUCGUGAUUCGUAGUUACGACCGUCGAUUGUCGCGUAAAAAGAAGUAAAAUUCCAGCCCGUAUUUGUCCAAGAUGAGUAGAGGCGUGGGUCAAGGUGGCUUCCCUAACCCUAAUCAGGACCCUUUCGCCGGGAUGGGCUUCGGAUUCGGUGCAAGCCUUUUCAACGAUCCGAUAUUCGCAGACCCGUUUUUCGCGGAUCCGUUCGGCUCCAUGUUCGGUCGGCAAGCCGGGACAGCCGGACGCGGAUUUCCCGGCGGGGGGUUCGGCGAGCCGUUCGGAUUCGAUCUCCCGCAUCAACAGCACCUGCAGAAUCACCGGCGUCAGCAUCAGGAGCAGCACAGCAGGCACCUUCAGCAGCAGCAGCAGCAGCAGCAGGAACAGCUACAGUACCAGCAGCAGCAGCAGCGUCAGCGCCAGCAGCAGCAGCAGCAACAGCAGCAGCGUGUAUCUGCACCGUCCAUUCAAGAGGUUCGCGAUGACGAAACCGGGUUACCCGGGUACCAGCCCAGCGCGAGACGAGCAGGCGCUACAGGGCCCGGUUCUCGAGGAACGGGAGGUGGCGAGCGUGCAGGGCGAAGGAGCAGAUCUUAUAACGCGGACGAGCCUAUAGUAGAGCUGCCUGACGAUGACGAGGAGGAGGAGCAGGACGGGAAGAGGAGGCGAGAAGGCGAAGAAGAGGAGGAGGAGGGGGAGAGAGUGCACGAGCAGCAGCAGCAGUACCCCCAGCAGAGGCGCUCUGGUUAUCAGCAGCAGCAGCAGCAGCCGCCUCAGAGGGGAUCUAUGAGGCAGGAGGAUCGUGGCCCACAGCAAGCAGCCGCGCCCAACUCCACCCACCAAACCCUGGUUGCCUCAUCGUCGCCCUUCAACGCCCUUGGUCUCUUCGGUGGCGGGUUUGGCGGUCUGGCUGGUGGUGCCUUUGGUGCUGGCAUGGGGGGAGGCUCCUCCUCGUAUUCCUUUCAGAGCUCCUCGGUGACUUACUCGGGGAUUGGCGGGCAGACGUACUACUCUGAGUCAUCGUCGCACCAAGUUGCUGCUAACGGGGUGGUGGAGGCACAGCACUCGCGGCGUGAUUCCAGGGGGCACCAGAGUAUGACAGUGGCACGGGGGCUGGGAGAUAAGGCCCGCACACUGAGCUGCACUAGGGAGGGCGAGCAGCAGCGGUCGUAUGAGGUGCUUCACAACAUGUCGCAAGAGGAAGCAGCCACAUUCGACAGCACGUGGCAGCACCAUGCACGCCACGCCCUCCCGCCCUCAGCCUCCACUCCCGCUGCCCCCUCCGCCCGUCUCGCCCUCCCAUCCACCACGCUCCCUCAACCCUCCUCGACCUCCCGGGGCUCUAGACCCUCUGGGGGGGCCAGAGGGGGAGGGCAGACCUACGGGUACUAGAGCAAGUUUCCCGAGUAGUUGGCGCCCCUUCUGCCCACCUCGCCCUCCCAUCCACCACGCUCCGUCAACCCUCCUCUCGCCAUCCCUAUUCUUCCUCCCGGGGCUCCAGACCCUCUGGGGGGGCCAGAGGGGGAGGGCAGACCCACUGAUACUAGAGCAAGUCUCCAGAGUAGUUGCCACCCCUUCCACUCGCCUCGCUCUCUGUUCCACCACUCUCCCUCAACCCUCCUCGCGCCAUCCCUCCUCUUCCUCCGAAGGCUCUGGGUCUUGUGGGGGGGGCAGAGGGGGAGGGCAGGCCCACGGGUACUAGAGCAAGAAUCCAGAGUAGCCGCCCCCUGUGGGUCGGCUCGUCUCGCUCUCCCUUCCACCACGCUCCCCCGAUCCUCCUCGCGCCAUCCCUCCUCUUCCUCCUGGGGCUCUAGACCCUCUGGGGGGGCCACAGGGGGAGGGCAGACCCAUGGAUACUAGAGCAAUUUACCAGAGUAACUGCUGCCCCUUCCGCCCUUCUCACUCUCCCUUCCUCCACGCUCCCCCAGUCCUCCUUGUGCCAUCCAUCCUAGUUUUGAGGCCCCUAGUUUUGAGGCGCCUCAAAACAGUCCUCGCGCCAUCCAUCCUCUUCCUCCUGGGGAUCGCAUGGGGGGAGCAGAGGGGGAGGGCAGGGCAGACGUAUGGUUACUAACUUACUAGAGCGAAUCGCCUCAGGAGAUACCCAGAGUAAUUGAUGCACCUCUUUGGAGCCGGAACUACCGCAGUAGUUGUUGUCUCAGCUGCCUUCACGUGCCUCCCUACUGAGAGGCAGGGCCCUGUGCGGACGAUUCUGAUUGUAUGGGGUACGAGGAGAAGCAAGUGCCAUGUGCUGUGAUGUGUUGCAGUGCAGGUGCUUAGUUGCAAGCAAGGUCAGUAAGCUUUUGUUGCGGCGAGGGGAUAUGCUUGUUUCAUCCUGAACUCGGUUCGAUUGUAAAUACAUGGGAUGUGACAUGGAAGGUACUGUAGUGUUCAGUGGUCAUUACUAUUUCUGAAAU